GAGAAAGAACUUGCAGACGAACCGUCGCAGCCUGCCUCUCGCCAACGUUACACACACUUGACCAAAUUCAAAACGCUGACCCACCCACUCUAUGCGGCCGUAGUAAACAAUCCUUUAUAAGCAAAUGAAUUCCAAUAUAGAUAUAUAAGAUAUACUAUAUGACGAUCAUCCAUACGGCAUUCUUUCGUCUAUUAAACUCGACUUCUUAUUUUUUUGGGGUAUUUCUCCAAUAGGAAAAGGCAAUUUCAACCACAUUCACGGUGGGAGAAACGGGCAUUGAAAUAAUUAUGUUCCGUCAAAGACAGACUGCUUUACCUUUUCUACAAGCCACAAUCUCAAAAAAAUGUCUUGCUAUCUCGGUCAUGCCUGCGAGCUGAGCUCUUCAUUUUGUCACUCACCUUAUGAAAUCCUCAUUCAAGUUUUCCAAUCUCUGUGGCACCGUCUACACUGCGGGAAACCUCGUUUUUACCCCUGAUGGCAACUCCAUCCUUAGUCCAGUCGGGAAUCGGGUGUCCGUCUUUGACCUUGUCAACAAUAAAUCGUAUACACUUCCCGUGGAAAUGCGCAAAAAUAUCCGUUGCAUGGCAUUAUCUCCCAAAGCCACUCUUUUGAUCACCGUCGACGAAGACGGCCGAGCAUUGUUGAUCAAUUUUCCUCGACGAGUAAUUCUUCACCAUUUCAACUUCAAGGCGGAAGUGCGAGCGAUUCAGUUCAGUCCGGACGGUCGAUAUAUUGCAGUGACUCACGGCAAGCAAGUUCAAGUUUGGAAAUCGCCCGGCUUCACUCGUGAAUACGCUCCUUUCCUUCUUCAUAACACUUACAAUGGUCAUUACGACGAUGUAUUGAGCAUUCAGUGGAGUUCCGAUUCCAAAUAUUUUGUCACGGCGUCCAAGGAUUUGACGGCACGCAUCUUUUCAUUGCAUCCUGUCGAAGGAUUUAUUCCUCCCACAUUAUCAGGCCAUCGCGAUACAGUACUGGGAGCUUGGUUCUCGGAUGAUAUGCAAAGUAUUUACACGGUGAGCAAAGACAGUGCUGUUUACUUGUGGAAAUAUGGUACUUUGGCGGAGCUUCGCGGCAAAGAGUCCGAGGAUGAAAUGGACGUCGAUGAGGAAACUCCUGUGCGAGUGGAUAAGGCGCGCUGGCGUGUUCGUGCAAAGCACCCCUUCAAACAAAACUACGCCAAAGUUAAAUCGUGCGAAUACUUUUCAAAGGGCAAUUUACUUGUCAUCGGUUUCUCCAACGGUCUCUUUGGUCUGUACGAAACGCCCUCGUUUAACAAUAUUCACACUUUAAGUAUCUCACAAAUGUCGAUCAACACUGUCGCGAUCAACCGAACAGGCGAAUGGCUUGCCUUUGGUUCCAGCAAACUGGGCCAAUUGCUUGUUUGGGAAUGGCAGUCAGAGACAUACGUACUCAAGCAGCAGGGCCAUUACUACGAUAUGAACACAUUAUCCUAUUCGGCGGAUGGUCAGACGUUGGCUACGGGAGGUGACGAUGGCAAAGUGAAAGUGUGGAAUACCACGUCUGGAUUCUGUUUUGUCACUUUCAACGAACACAAGAGUGGUGUGAGCGCGGUCGAAUUCGCAAAACAGGGCCAAGUGCUGUUUUCCGCCAGUUUGGAUGGCACCGUACGCGCGUUUGAUCUGGUCCGUUACCGUAAUUUCCGAACAUUCACCAGUCCUAACCCUGUCCAAUUUACGUCGUUGGCCGUCGACCCCAGUGGUGAAAUUGUAUGUGCUGGCACAAUGGAUACGUUUGAAAUUUUUGUGUGGAGUGUACAGACGGGGAAAUUGCUGGAUAUCUUGGCCGGUCACGAAGGCCCGAUUAGUUCACUGUCGUUUUCACCAACGGGCAUGAUGCUGGCCAGUGGCAGUUGGGAUCAAACGGCACGAACAUGGGACGUCUUUGGACGAAGCAAACAUAUUGAAGCGUUGCAACAUCAAACAGAAGUGCUGGCCGUCGCGUAUCGACCGGACGGUAAACAAGUAGCGACGGCGACGUUGGACGGUAUGAUUUCUUUCUGGGAUGUGGAACUGGGCAAGCAGACGGCCGUCAUUGAAGGACGAAAAGACAUCAUGGGUGGACGCAAACUGAACGAUCGCACAUCGGCCGAGAAUGCCGCAUCUGGCAAAUGUUUCAACUCGCUAUGCUACACCGCGGACGGUUCGAGCAUCAUUGGCGGUGGAAGCUCCAAAUACAUUUGCAUCUACGACAUCGAAACGAGCGUGUUGGUCAAAAAGUUCCAGAUCUCUGAAAACCUGUCGUUGGACGGUACGCAGGAAAUGCUGAAUUCCAAAAAAAUGACUGAAUUUGGCAGUCUCGAGGAAAUGGAAGCCGACGAGGCGUCCGACAUUGAAGAUCGAUUAGAUAACAGUUUACCGGGAACACAAAAGGGCGACUUAUCAGCAAGGCGCACUCGACCUGAAGCGCGAUCAAAAUGUGUACGAUUUUCACCGACGGGUCGCGCGUGGGCGGCGGCUACGACCGACGGUUUACUGAUGUAUUCGUUGGACGACGCGAUUUUGUUCGAUCCAUUUGAUCUUGAAAUCGACAUUACCCCUGAAACGGUGAUGGAGACAUUAGAGGAAGGAGAGUAUCUCAAGGCGCUGUGCAUGGCCUUCCGGCUGAAUGAAAAGCCAGUGUUGCACACGGUGUUUGAACGUAUUCCUCCCGCGUCGGUGGAUUUGGUAGCGCGUGGGAUGCCCGAGAAAUACUUGGAAAAAUUACUGCACUUUUUGGGUGUUCACAUGGAAACAAGUCCGCACGUUGAGUUUCACAUGAUGUGGGUCAUUAGUGUCAUGACAGCCCACGGACGGUACUUGAAAGACCAUCGCGGCGAAUUUCAAACCGUUUUCCGAUCGUUACGCAAAGGCGUCCUCCGUGUUCGAGAUGAUAUCGCCAACUUAUGCGAUGCCAAUACCUAUACAUUAAAGUACCUCUUAAGCCAACAGUCCUUGGCUUCCAACAACAAUAGAGACAUUGAAGCUUAAAUAAAUCAUUUGCAUGCAUUCAUUUUUUAUAGAAAAACAAAAAAAAAGAAGGUUCAUCUCAUUUGCACGAACAACCCCAAUAUCACCGAGGUUGAAAAAAUAGAUUGC